AGACUAUUGGUUGAAAGAAUAGUCAAUGAGAGAGCUUGUUACUAGUCUCUUACUGUGGUGCUGGGGGAUCGCUUUAGGCCUGAACCCAUAAGCGUCCAAGUGGUUUUGGCACCAUGAGCUCAAUCGGCACCGGGUAUGAUCUGUCAGCUUCUACAUUCUCUCCAGAUGGAAGAGUUUUUCAAGUUGAAUAUGCUAUGAAGGCUGUGGAAAAUAGUAGUACAGCUAUUGGAAUCAGAUGUAAAGACGGCGUCGUCUUUGGGGUAGAAAAAUUAGUCCUGUCUAAACUUUAUGAAGAAGGUUCCAACAAACGACUUUUUAAUGUUGAUCGACAUGUUGGAAUGGCAGUAGCAGGUUUGUUGGCAGAUGCUCGUUCUUUAGCAGACAUUGCAAGAGAAGAGGCUUCCAACUUUAGAUCUAACUUUGGAUAUAACAUUCCACUAAAACAUCUUGCAGACAGAGUGGCCAUGUAUGUACACGCGUAUACGCUCUACAGUGCUGUUAGACCUUUCGGCUGCAGUUUCAUGUUAGGGUCUUACAGUGUGAAUGACGGUGCACAACUCUACAUGAUUGACCCAUCGGGUGUUUCAUAUGGUUAUUGGGGCUGUGCCAUUGGCAAAGCCAGGCAGGCUGCAAAGACAGAAAUUGAAAAGCUUCAGAUGAAAGAAAUGACCUGCCGUGAUGUUGUUAAAGAAGUUGCAAAAAUAAUUUACAUAGUACACGAUGAAGUUAAGGAUAAAGCUUUUGAACUAGAGCUCAGCUGGGUUGGUGAAAUAACUAAUGGAAGACAUGAAAUAGUUCCUAAAGAUAUAAGGGAAGAGGCAGAGAAAUAUGCCAAGGAAUCUUUGAAGGAAGAAGAUGAAUCAGAUGAUGACAACAUGUAACAUUAACUUGUACAUUAAAUUUCUAAUACAGUCCCAUGUAACUAUUUAGCCCUUUGGAUUAUUACGUACCAAUUUUCAUUAAAUUUUUGUCUUACAACGAUU